GAACCUUGUCUGUCUAUGCCCUUAGACCAACACAUCAACAACCUACACCCCUGUUUUUGGGUCAUAGGAAGUUUGCUUCUGGUGAUGAGGUUGGCGAGGUUCGGUGCUUGUUUGCAGGCAGGGACGGGUGGCUCUGAGAAGAUCUCUUUAAGACUAGGGUCUCUUUCGUAUGGGUUGCACUUGGAGGAUUUUGCGUACAGGUUCAAUGGAGGGGUGUUACGUCAUAACCUGCGCUGUGAGAUUCGUGGGGUUUUCUUCCGUACUGCAGCAGUUCUUCACGUGAUAUCCGGGUGGCUCUUUCCCUCGUGCGAUCUCUCUCUCUGGACGAGUGUCGUUGCUGGGCGGACGCCUGUUUAAGAAAGCUCCAGUUUGGGUGAAAGACCCUCUGCAGUGCCAAGAGGUUUGGACACACCAAGAGCAGACCAAGAACACGGACUAAGUGAGGACCGCUUCCAGAAACUGAUUCAAGGACGGACCGGGGCAGGACAGGAUGGCAUUGCCCGAGCAGGAAGCGGCCAUGGAUAUGCUGCCUCAGAGCACCCAGUCCCCAAGAGGCACCUCAUCCUGUGAGGAUCCAGCCCGCAGUACCAGCAGGAUCACACCACAGAAGAUCCGUUCCCGGGCAUGUUCAAAAGCAUUUUGGAUAUGCAUUGGCUGCAUCGCCAUGCUGCUGCUGCUGCUGCUGAUCCUGGUUCUGUCUGUGGUGCUGUAUAAGACACUAUGGCCACACGUGACACUGCAUCUAACCAACACCCUGGUGCCUUCCUCCCGUCCCCGCUCCCACUCCUACCGGUAUUUCUACACGGGGGUGUCGGAUCCCAGCCCGGAUGUGCCCGCCUUCACUGCCGUGGGCUAUGUGGAUGACCAGCAAAUUCUGCACUACAACAGCAAGACGCAGAGACAGGAGCCACGCGGGGACUGGGUGCAGGGGGCCGUCGACCCAGGCUUCUGGGACAAGGAAACCAGGGCCUUGCAUGGCUGGCAGGAGGGGUUUGACACAAACCUGGCCACCCUGCGGUAUCGCUACAACCAGACGGGUGGGUCUCACACUCUCCAGUUCACGUAUGGCUGUGAGCUCCACGAAGACAGCAGCACAGGAGGCCACAUGCAGUGGUGCUACAACGGAGGAGACUUCAUCAGCUAUGACCCGGGAACGCGCACCUGGGUAGCAGGAACAACACAGGCCCAGCGCACCCAGCACAGCUGGAAUGAGGAUCAGGCCGUUCUUCAGCGUACAAGAGCCUACCUAGAGGGGACCUGCAUCGCGAGACUGCAGCAGUACCUGCAGCGCGGGGAGGCAGCGCUGCGGAGCAAGCGUCCUGUGGCACAGGCGAGCAAAAGGCCAUCUCAGGAUGGACGCACCACCCUGUCCUGCCAUGUCCACAGCUUCUACCCCAAGGACAUCUCCGUCGUGUGGCUGGAUAACGGGGAGGCACAGACCCAGGAGACAAGCCGCUCAGAGGUCCUUCCCAGUGGAGAUGGGACCUACCAGACCUGGGCCACCAUCAAGAUUGACCAGAGCAGCAAGCAUGACUACACCUGCAGUGUGGAGCACGUGAGCCUGGGGGCAGCCCUGAAAGUGUCCUGGGACAAGGGCAGGACGGAGUACCACUGGAAGCUGAUUGUGGGCAUUAUUAUCGGUGUUGUGCUCAUUCUGGUCAUUGCUGUGAUGGGUGCAGCUUGUUACUUCUUCAAACGAAGACGGAAACAACAACGAAGUACCCGUGACCAAGGAGGACUUUGAGACCCAGUGCGGAUCUACCGCCCAUGGGAGCAGGUCAGCUACAACCGCUUCAUCACGCCCGGGCUCCACGUGCUGCUGGGCAGCUUCUCCUCCGCCCACGUCCAGCUCAGCAAGCGCAAGGAGGAUACGAUGCAUGAGGACCCCCCAGCACCGCUCAGCUCUGCGCAGCCCCCUUCUGCCACGGGACCGGCUCAGUGGGAUCCCGGGGCAGAGGCAGCACCGGCAACACCCGAAACCCUUGCGUUCCUGGCCAGCACGGCACCGAUGGCAGCGUCACUUCUGACGGCAACUGCAACCUUGUUGUCACCAUCGCCUGUGCUCUCUGUGCAGGAAAGACACGGGAGCACGGCUGCCCCACAGCCCUGGCCAGAAAACUCGGCCCCUGCUCGCACCCCACAGCCCCCUCCCCUCCCAGGGGAGCCAGGCAUGCGGGCCCCGGCUGCACCCUGCGCCCGCGAUGGGACCUGGUGCCAUUUCAGACUCUCCUUGGUCUCCAUGUCACAGUCCCGUCCCUCGAUCGUGGUCCUGCAUAAAAUUUCAAUUACAAAAACUGAAAUAUAAAUAGUUUUAGAAUGUUAAAAAUAAAUUGAUCCUGAGCUUCCA